AUGACUACGAGAAGUCAAUUGAAGAUGAGGAACAAGUUUAGAGGUGGAGUUUUUUUGUGGAAAUCUUGGGAGACUCUCGCAGCUGAGACAAAAGCGGAGAAUCCGAAUAAUAGUACCAAUAAACAGGCUUUCUCGGCUUCUAUUUCCAUUCUUAUAAAGAAUCACAUGCCUCAGAACUACAAACAAAAAUAUUGCACCAGGAAUGCUCUAGCCAAGAGUCCAAUGCAUGAUUUCCAGGUUUGGACUGACUCUAACAAUUUUAUACACAUCCCGACCAAAGGUGCUUUCUUCACUUGGUCCAACAAGCGCUCUCAUCCAUUUUUUAUUGAAAGUAGGUUGGAUAGGUAUGUUGCUAAUCAGAUUUUGAUUAACACUUGUAUUGUCUCUUCUAUCUCAAUGCUUCCGAAGUUACGCUCUGAUCAUUUUCUGAUUCUUCUCGAUGUUCAAAUCCAGUCCCAUAAGAAGGCGUCUCAGUUUAGGUUUCUUAAAGCUUGGACCAUGCAUAAAGAUUGCAUAAUAGUUAUUGAGUAUGUCUGGAGACAGAAGGAUAUAGGUUGUCUUAUGCUUGUUAUCUAUAAGAAGCUGCAGUUACUGAAGCAUUGUCUUAGAAAGUGGAAUCAUUCUUCUUUUGGAAAUAUUACUCUUAACAUCAAGUUGGCCGAAGACAAGAUGAAGGAUAUCCAUGCUCAACCUAUUCCUUCGUGGGAGGAAGAUUUAUUUAAGAAGAUGGAGUUUGAGGCCCAAGUUAGUUUAUCGAAUGCUUUGGACAUUAAGGAAUGUUAUUGGAAAGAAAAGUAUAAAAUUCAAUGGCAUCUGGAGGGUGAUAAGAAUACUGCUUAUUUCCAUCGUAUUACCAAAAUAAAAAAUGCUUACAAGCCUAUCACUUUGCUUAGGGAGGGAGAGGAAUGUUAUACUGAGACUUCCCAAAUUGCAAAUCACAUUGUCAAUUUUUUCCAAAACAUUUUUUCUCCUAAUACUUCUGUUUUGUAG